AACAUGUCCAAUGUGUCGGAAGAGAGGAGCACUAGACAACAGGACAUUAAGAAAGGACUCCAGUUUAUAGAAUCUACUUUGCCCUAUCCAGGGACGCAAGAACAAUAUGAGUUAUUUAUACGAGAGCUUGUUAGAAAGCUUUUUAAUGAAGGCAAUGAUGUGUAUCGAGAAGGUGAUUGGAGAGGAUCACUGAGUCACUAUACAGAAGCUAUAAAUAUAGCUGAUUAUGCUAAUUCUGAAGAAAUCCAUGUUUCUGAUGAUAUUUUAGAGAAGCUGCACGUGAACAGGAUAGCAUGUUUUUCAAAUAUGGGAUUGCAUGAAAAAGUUCUAGAAGAUUGUGAGAUAGCAUUAAGAUUGAAUGAAAACAAUUUCAGAGCCCUCUAUCGGAAAGCAAAAGCUUUGAAUGAACUGGGAAGGUACAAGAAGGCUUAUGAUGCUGUAGCAAAAUGUUCUCUUGCUGUGCCGCAGGAUGAAAGUGUGAUUAAGCUUACCCAAGAACUAGCUCAGAAACUAGGGUUAAAAAUAAGGAAAGCAUAUGUAAGAGCAAAGCCACCUUCCUCAAAUUCAGUUUCUAGCGAUGUAUCAACUCAGAAUUCUUCGUCUUCUGUAGAAGAUAUUGAGUUAGAUUUAUCUGACCAGAAGCAAGAGAUGGUUUCUGCUGCUUCUUCAUCAAACUUUAUUUCUGAAGUGUCUAAAGUGUCCUCAGUACCUGUACCAUCUUUAUCUUCUGUUAUGCCUCUUCAAGUGGAAAAGGUUUCUUUGCCUUCUGCAGUGUUGGCAAACGGAGGGAAUGUUUCUUUCUCUAUGCCAGAAGCAUGUUUAGAUUGUGGAGAUGGAGACAUAAUUAUUGGUGAAGAACUUGAUGAAUUACUUGAUUCUGUGCCUGAUCCAGAUGCAAGUGUAAUGCAAACUACAGGAGCCAGAGGACCUAUUCCUGCAGGAAGUGUAGCUCCUAGUGUACCUUUCUCUGCCUCUUUGCUGGGGACGCUGCCAGUUAGUGCAGGAUUUGUUCCUUCACCUUCUCUUUCAGAAAUCUUUUCACAGCCUUUGGCUUCUUCACUGGAAAAUUUUUGUUCACCAUUAAGCACCUUUUCAAUCAGUGACCCAAAAAGAGACCUCUCAAGUUCAGCUUCCAGGGAUGGAACACCAACACUUAGCAGUAAUAAUUCCCCAUUGUUUAUUAAUGGCCCUAGUAGUUUGUUUGGGUCUGAAAAUUACAUGGGAAUCGCAGGCCAACCUAGGAAUGACUUUUCAAAUGUUUUUAGCAGUACAACUGCUAAUACACCUGUAUCUUCAGCACUUGCGGGAAGAAACCCAUUAGAAGGCACACAUGAGCUAAGACAGGCCUGUCAGUUAUGUUUUGUCAAAAAAGGUCCUAAAUUACUGGAUUAUGCUUACCAUCCCAGUUUAGAACAUAAAUGUAAGAAGGAUAUUCUAAUUGGUAGAAUAAAAAACUCUGAAGAUAAAUCAUGGAAAAAAAUACGUCCAAGACCAACAAAGACACAGUAUGUGGGACCAUAUUAUAUAUGUAAAGAUGUUGCUGCUGAAGAGGAAUGCAGAUAUCCAGGUCAUUGCACAUUUGCGUAUUGCCAAGAGGAGAUAGAUGUGUGGACGCUGGAGCGCAAAGGAGCCUUUAGUCGAGAAGCUCUUUUUGGAGGAAACGGAAAGAUCAACUUGACUGUGUCCCGACUUCUUCAAGAACAUCAUGGAUUAUUUAUGUUUCUUUGUGAGAAAUGUUUUGAUCACAAACCCAGAAUAAUAAGCAAAAGGAACAAGGAUAACUCAUCAUCUUGUUCUCAUCCUGCUAUGCACGACUUUGAAGAUAACAAGUGCCUUGUCCACAUUUUGCGAGAAACUAUGGUGAAAUAUUCCAAAAUCCGCCCUUUUCAAGUUCGAUGUCAACUUGACCUGUGCAGACAUGAGGUGCAUUACGGCUGCUUACGAGAGGAUAAAUGCUUUUAUGCCCACAGUCUGGUAGAGCUCAAAGUCUGGAUAAUGCAAAAGGAAACAGAUAUUUCACAUGAUACUAUUGUUCAAGAAUCAAAGAAAUACUGGCAGAACAUGGAAGCUAGUGCACAUGGAUCACAGAUCCUUGGGAACCAAAUGAAAUAUGGAUCACUUAAUUUGAAGAUGAAGUUUGUUUGUGGUCAGUGCUGGAGAAAUGGCCAAGUUAAUGAGCCAGACAGAAACAAAAAAUACUGUAGUGCAAAGGCAAGACACCCAUGGACCAAAGAUCGCCGUGUGGUGCUAGUAAUGUCUAAUGAACGUAAGAAGUGGAUGACCAUUCGUCCUCUUCCCGCAAAGAAACAAGUGCCUCUGCAAUUUGAUUUGUGCAAUCAUAUUGCUUCAGGCAAGAAAUGUCAGUACGAUGGAAACUGCUCAUUUGCUCACAGUCCUGAGGAAAGAGAGAUGUGGACCUAUAUGAAGGAGAACAGCAUUCAAGACUUGGAGCAGUUGUAUGACAUAUGGCUAAAAAGUCAAAAACCAGAAAAAGGAGAUGAUACAGCUGCUCAGGCAAACAAAGAAAAUGGGAAGCAAAUUCACAUGCCAACUGACUAUGCUGAAGUUACAGUGGAUUUUCACUGUUGGAUGUGUGGGAAGAACUGUAAUAGUGAGAAGCAAUGGCAGGGUCACAUUUCUUCUGAAAAGCAUAAAGAGAAGGUUUUCCACACUGAGGACGAUCAAAACUGCUGGCAGUAUCGCUUUCCAACUGGAUAUUUUAGCAUUUGUGAUAGAUAUAUGGCUGGUACUUGCACUGAAGGAAACAACUGUAAAUUUGCCCAUGGAAAUGCUGAACUCCAUGAGUGGGAAGAACGAAGGCAAGUUUUAAGAAUGAAGCUCAGCAAAGCACGAAAAGACCACUUGAUUGCUCCCAGUGAUAAUGACUUUGGAAAAUAUAGUUUUUUGUUUAAAGAUUUAAACUAAUACUGAGAUGACACAUACAUGUUAUCAGCUGGAAGCAUAAACCAGAAAAUUUGACAAUAAUCAAAAGCAUGUGACAGAAAAGCUGCAGGUUUUCUGCUUUUAUUGGCAUAUAUUGUUCCUCCUGAACAGCAAAAUAUAGUAGAUUUAGGGGGAUUGAGCAGACCUGUCUAUGCUCUCAUGAAACAGAGUGGUGAUUAAAAAAAUCUGAAGUAUUACGUGCUUACUCACCUUCUGUUGGACAGAAAGUUAGGAAAUAGAAGGGGGGAAGAGAGGUUAUACUGUCUAGGAAGCCCCCUAGUAUCAGUCCUUCAGUUGAAAAACUUUAAGGUAUCAAGGUAUUAUAAAACAGAGCGUUAUGGGCUAAGAAGAAAAUGAUGGAUGAAAAUUCUUCAGAUCUUUUAAUGGAGAGGAUUUGUUUAAAACAAAGUUUGCUACUUAUCUA